AUGGGUGGCGGAGCCUCGGAACAGGUUCGCUGGAGUGAGGGUGGGAAGGACACGUCAGAAUUAGGCGGCAACGUAAAAAGGGAUAGCAAAUAUACUGAUAGUAAAUUUGAGUUUGCCAGAAGGAGUGACAGUGGCUAUCAAAGGAGCAGCAGCCGGACCAAUGGUAACAACAGUGAGCAUGACAAAAGCCGCAGGAAUGAAUCAGCCGAGUCCGCUCUACACGACUAUAACGAGUACAAUCAUAACGAGUACAAGAACAUCCCGGGGUGGGAGUGGGAGGAGGGCGAGCAGGAGGAGGAGGCAGCAGAGGCCGAGUUUGAGGCAGUGGCCCGCCUGUGGGAGGAGAUGGAAGCUUCUGGGAAGGUGCACCCGCUGAGUGCCCCUGUGGGGGGAUUGCGAUGGAAGCAGGAGGCUCAGGAACGGUUCCCGGAUCUAGCCCGCACUGCCGGCGUGUUCCCUUACAUGGGGGAUGUGAUCGAGAGGGAGGAGCUAGACACCCCGUAUGACUACGCCCCUCCUCCAGAGAUUGACAGUGAAGCCCUUGCAAUGAUCGACAGGCUUCAGGACCUGCUGACUGCCCUCCGGCUCUUCCUCCCCCACGCACUCUCCACCCCACUCCCUGCACCUCCGGUGACUUCCAAGAAGGAGGGGGGCGAAGGGAAGGGCCAGGGGGAUUGGGAACAGCAAGAGGAGGGACAGAAGGAAGAGGAAUGGGAGAAUGAGCGGAUUCACGAGGACAAACCACUGCGGCAGCGGCAGCAGCAGCAGCAGCAACAGCCACAGGAGCAGCAGCAGCAACAGCGUCAGGAGAGGCAGGAGCAGCAGGAGCAACAGUCACGGGCACGACGGGAAGAGCCUGUGGAUAUCUUUGCGUUGGGAUUGGUGGAGGAGGGGGUUCGAGUGCAGAACCCUGUGGUGUGCGUUUGGGGGCAAGAUAGAUGGCAACAGUGGCUGCACCUGAUGGGGUCAGCAGGGGGGCAUCUGCAUCUGCACCAUCUCUACUCCGAAACUCUCGUGAAGGCGCCGGACCGUCGCUGGAUCACUGCCCUCUGGACAAUCCUUUUAGCUAAGAGCGGGCGGCAAGCAGUGGCAGGCAUGGGGCUGUCCGACUGGUGGAAGAGGAAUCUUCCUGAGCACGAGGCGGAGAUCAGGAGGAACCUUCCUGAAGAGGAGGGGCAGGAUGAAAGGGGUGGUGUGGGAAGAAAUGGGAAACUUGCGGCGGAGGCGGAGAGCAAGGGGGAGAGCGGCGGCGGAUGGUUAUCGCGGUUCCAGACCUUUCUGCGGCUGGGGAAGGGCGGCGCGGGGAAGGCAGGGGAACCGAAGCGCUUGACACACGCGGAGGGUCUUACUGAAUUCGCCAACCAGCUGAAGCGGGCGCGGCAGUUCGGGCAGCUGACAACUUUCGGGAAAAGUCUGCCCAAGGGCGGGCAGAGCGUGGUGACAAAUUCUCUGAGGAAGCAGGAAGUCAUCACUCUGGCGCUUGCCGCCUAUGCUGCUGAAGCCAAACUGGCCGACGAGCGGGUGAGUAAGAAAUGA